CCGGAAGUUACGGUGGGGUGGACUGGUUGGCGUUGGUGAAGACGAUACCGGGGAAGGAGAGGAGUGGAGCCGGUGAGCGGACGGCGAAAGGAUCCACCAUCCUCUGAGAUUAAAGGUUGAUGGUAGCUUUUCAAACGUCUAAAACACGCGUUUUCCACUGAAUUCCGUGACUGAAGCAGAUCCCCGGCGUCUUCCCCUGCUGGAUAUCGGCUCGGCUGCUUGGGGGUGGAGGAGCCCAGUACGGCAGGACCCCGGGGUGUAAAAAGCGGAAAGUGUGAGCAGCUCUCUAUGUGUGUGACAAUGGGGGACAUCAGUGACCUGGACCGACAGAUAGAGCAGCUCCGACGCUGUGAGCUCAUCAAGGAAAACGAAGUCAAAGCGUUGUGCGCCAAGGCCAGAGAAAUUCUGGUUGAAGAAAGCAACGUUCAAAGAGUAGACUCUCCCGUCACGGUGUGCGGCGAUAUUCAUGGACAGUUCUACGACCUGAAAGAGUUGUUCAGAGUGGGGGGUGACGUUCCGGAGACCAACUACCUCUUCAUGGGGGACUUUGUGGACCGCGGUUUCUACAGCGUGGAGACGUUCCUCCUGCUGCUCGCUCUCAAGGUGCGUUAUCCCGACAGAAUAACCCUGAUCCGAGGAAACCACGAGUCGCGGCAAAUUACCCAGGUCUACGGCUUCUAUGACGAGUGCCUCCGCAAGUACGGCUCAGUCACCGUGUGGAGAUACUGCACAGAGAUAUUUGAUUACUUGUCGCUGUCCGCCAUCAUCGAUGGGAAGAUCUUCUGCGUGCACGGCGGCUUGUCUCCCUCCAUCCAGACACUGGACCAGAUCAGAACCAUUGAUAGAAAACAGGAAGUGCCUCAUGAUGGGCCCAUGUGUGACCUCCUGUGGUCAGACCCUGAAGAUACCACAGGAUGGGGGGUGAGUCCCAGAGGAGCUGGCUACCUGUUUGGGAGCGACGUGGUGGCUCAGUUCAACGCCGCCAACGACAUCCACAUGAUAUGCCGGGCCCACCAGCUGGUCAUGGAGGGCUACAAGUGGCACUUCAAUGAGACCGUCCUCACAGUGUGGUCGGCGCCCAACUACUGCUACAGAUGUGGAAAUGUGGCAGCCAUCUUGGAGCUGGACGAGCAUUUACAGCGAGAGUUCAUCAUAUUCGAAGCAGCACCACAAGAGACCAGAGGAAUCCCUUCCAAGAAGCCAGUAGCCGACUAUUUCCUGUAAAAUGUUGGAACAGCCAGCCAUGAUGUGUCAAACUGUGGUACCAUUUAACACCAAACUCCCUCCAUCCUGCUGCUGGACCAUUCUAUCAGCUUGAACUCAAAGCAGUUGGACAGAGAAACCCGCCCGGUCCUGCAAAGCUCUCGCACAGCUUCAGCUUGAAGGGCUGGAUUUUUGGCCGACUGCCCGAGCCUGACAGAGCAGUUGCAGUGAAAGGUGGAAGGGCGUGGCAAAUACUGGGCCCAUGACUGUUGUCACUUCUCAGCUAUACCAGGGUCAUUCUUAAAGCCUUCAGCCAACUGCCCCCCCCCCCCCCCCCCUCACUUUGUGUAGAUACAACAUCCUUCUUUUCAGCUCAACUCUUUUCUAGUGUUUUUCUUUUAAUGACAAAUAUUGUCAUUUAGUUUAAGAACCUUUUGGAUGGAGCAAUUCUUUUCUUUUCUUUUUUUUUUUCUUCUUUUUUUUGUAGGAGAUUUUACAAUUUUAUCAGUUAAGGAAUUCCUUCAGUAGAUAUAAUGUCUUUGUAUAAGUGUCGCUACCAGAAGGAAGUACACAAUGGGCCUGUUCCAUUUUUUUCUCUUGUUUUUGUCUGUCAUCUGUUCCGCGCAUUGAUAUCUAACAUUCUCAGUGCUGCUCAGCACGUCACAAAUAAACACCCCGUGUAACUAAUUUGACAAAAGUCGCAAUGUUUUCUAUUUUUUUCCCCCCCUCCUUUUAAUUCAUUUUAAUCUCUGGAUUGCUCUAGCUCUGUCAAUUUUGAUAUUGUGAAAAUAAAGUUUUUGUAUCAAUACUGA